UGAGCGUCGCCAGCUCCUCUCUGGAUCCGAGAGGGAAGUUCAGGAGCAGGAGAAGGAGAAGGAGAAGGAGAGAGACAAAAAAGGGGGGAAAAAAAAAAUCAAGAGAAGAGGUGGAAAGCUGGCAGGAGUGCUGAGUUCCAGGUGGGCUUUUCAUUUGCCUGAGCUGUUGCCGGAGGAAGCAGUCUGGAAACCAGUACUGAGAUGUUGUGAUUUUAAAUUGUCAGCUGCUAAAGAAACAAUUGUGACGACUGAAGAAAGAAAACUUCUCAUGCUAUUUUGUAUGUUUGAGGUUUCCUUUUGCUAAAGCUGAGUCCUCGUCUUUUGAAUCAGUUCACUGCUGCUUGCAGCUGCAGACCUUGCUUUGGAAGCACAUUUCUGCAUGCUUGUGUUUGUGCCAUUUAUUUUUCACAAUGACGAUGGCAAGCUUGUUCUCCUUUACUAGCCCAGCUGUAAAACGGUUGUUGGGCUGGAAGCAAGGGGAUGAAGAAGAAAAAUGGGCAGAGAAAGCAGUUGAUGCUCUAGUAAAAAAAUUGAAGAAGAAAAAGGGGGCCAUGGAGGAUUUGGAAAAGGCAUUGAGCAGUCCAGGUCAACCAAGCAGAUGUGUUACCAUCCCACGAUCUCUAGAUGGGCGACUUCAGGUAUCUCAUAGGAAAGGCCUGCCUCAUGUCAUUUAUUGCCGUGUGUGGCGAUGGCCAGAUCUUCAAAGUCAUCAUGAGCUGAAGCCAUUAGACAUUUGCGAAUUUCCGUUUGGAUCGAAACAGAAGGAAGUUUGUAUCAAUCCUUAUCAUUAUAAGCGAGUGGAAAGUCCUGUUCUGCCUCCAGUUUUGGUUCCAAGACACAGUGAAUUCAACCCACAGCAUAGCCUUCUGGUCCAGUUCAGGAAUUUGAGUCAUAAUGAACCGCAUAUGCCGCACAAUGCCACAUUUCCAGAUUCCUUCCAACAACCAAAUAGUAAUCCAUUUCCUAUUUCACCGAAUAGCCCGUACCCUCCAUCUCCUGCAAGCAGCACCUACCCUAGUUCACCAGCCAGUUCUGGACCAAGCAGUCCUUUCCAGCUGCCAGCUGAUACACCUCCACCUGCUUACAUGCCACCAGAAGAGCAGAUGAAUCAAGACAGUACACAACCUAUGGAUACUGGAAAUGUCAUGAUGACCUCCAGCAUACCCAAUCUGCCCAUUAUAUCCACUCGAGAUGUUCAACCUGUUGCUUAUGAAGAGCCUAAGCACUGGUGUUCCAUUGUGUAUUAUGAGCUAAACAAUAGAGUUGGAGAAGCUUUCCAUGCCUCCUCCACCAGUGUUUUAGUGGAUGGCUUCACCGAUCCAUCUAACAACAAAAAUCGUUUCUGCCUUGGUCUUCUUUCCAAUGUAAAUCGCAACUCUACUAUUGAGAACACUAGGCGGCACAUUGGUAAAGGUGUCCACCUAUACUAUGUGGGAGGUGAAGUCUAUGCUGAAUGCCUUAGUGACAGCAGCAUUUUUGUCCAAAGUCGAAAUUGCAACUAUCACCAUGGUUUUCACCCAACCACUGUCUGUAAGAUACCUAGUGGUUGCAGCCUAAAGAUAUUCAACAACCAAGAAUUUGCCCAGCUUCUUGCUCAGUCUGUAAAUCAUGGCUUUGAAGCAGUCUAUGAACUUACCAAGAUGUGUACCAUUCGUAUGAGCUUUGUUAAGGGUUGGGGUGCAGAAUACCACCGGCAGGAUGUAACUAGUACACCGUGUUGGAUAGAAAUUCAUCUUCAUGGUCCACUUCAGUGGCUAGACAAAGUUCUUACCCAGAUGGGCUCUCCUCAUAAUCCUAUCUCUUCUGUAUCUUAACAGCAAAAUAUAAUUUAAGGCUCUGGAAAACACCAGAGGGGGGGAACUUUAUUUAAACUGGACACUGUGAAAGAUCUACUGGACAAAGAAAAUUUAAAAACAUACUUCAAAUGGCAAUCUUUCAAAUUUUCUGACCAAUCAUUGGUUGCUUUACCAUACUCACUAAUUAUAUAUUGAGUAGUAUUUAUAGUUUUUGUCAUCUGCUUAUAUGUAGCUGCUAAUAUAACAAAACUAUUGAUGGAUGUCUUUAGAAUCUUUGUGAUACUUUCAAUCUGAUCUGAUUGCUUCCAGCAUUUUGCUUUAGCGUGACGUUCAUGUGUAUUGAAUGAGCUGUUAUGAACAUUUAUAGGUGGCUAAUUAUAGGCAGUAAAACUAGAAUCUUAAGUUUUAGAAUGGUGAUGCUAAUGAGAUGUACUUUUCAAAGUUACAUCGGCAUCUCAGCACAGUUUUCUUUUUAAUACUGUUCUUACCACAGAUUUUACAAUUCCAGGUAAAUUAGCCAGUGCAGUUUCUGAUCAAGAAAUUUAUCAGCUCAGAAUACUUUUAACAUUAUUAACACAUCCAUUAUCUCAGAAACCUGUUCUGAGUAUUGAUUUUGAAACAUUUGAACUAUUCAUUAUAUUUGUCAUCUUAUAGAUGUAAAUUGCAUUAAGUAUUGGAACAAGUCUUAAGUUUUGUAUUAUAUACUCACGAGUUUCUUCAAGUUGUAUGAUAGUAUGUAGAAUUAAUUGGCAACAGGCUUCAUAGUGAGACUAUCUCUAGCUAUUGAUAAUCUGUGUGUGCUACUGUAGGACUUAUUUGAUCCCUAGAGCAAGAACAGUGCUGGUGGACCUAAGAAUGCGACUUAUCAAGCAGUGUGUGUUCAUUGCAUCAUAACUAUUCAUAAAUGCAAGCAUUUCUGCUGUAGUGCAGAUGCGGCAGCUUUCAAACUUGCAUGCAUUAAAAGCUUUUUAAAAAAAGGCGCUUCUUACCCGUCUGUUCCUAGCAAUAGAUUAUGUGAGAGAAAACUGCGAUUAGUGUAGGUCAAAUGAACAUCUGCCUAAUUUGGAGUUCAUUCUGCACCAGAUAAGCCAAAAUUAUGUUGCUUCUGUUUGUAAUGCCUGAGUACCUGAUAUUUACAUGAACUGUAGUUUAGGAAAAUGGAUUGCAAUCUGGUAUGUAUAUAUUAAUUUGUCAAAAUAAUCUGGAGGGAAACUACAUUAUAACUACUCAUCGCUUUGACAUUUGGAAGAUAUAUUUCACAAAAAGCAGCAAAAGAAACAAAGUAUGUUGUUGCAAGCUAUGGCAUUCCUUUCACAAAUAGUACUUCCCAUUGCAGAUGAAUGCUGCAGGCAGGAACUCAGCAUAACGUUUGUUUCUGCUUAGGUCUUUGUGAAACCAGGAGUACCUCUUUUAAGUUGUAUGAAUCAUGUUUUGCUAUUUUUUAAAAUAUUUUUUCCUUGUGCUUGCAUUUUCAGCACUAAUGGCAUUGAAAAUUCCCAACUACACGGCAUAAGCUAGUAAAUCCUGAAUAAUGGGGUUAUGCAUUCAUUGUAUUUGUAUACACAAUAUUAACAGUCAUAUUUGUAUUUACUGUGUUUCAAUAAAUUUGUUUAGAUCAUGUCCAAGAAUUGCAAAUUGUUUUCUAAACAGCUAACGUUUGGACAGAAUGUACAGAGUUGGUAAAUUUGGGAAAUGUCCUUGCAUCUCUUAAGAUGAUCUCAGUUUUGGAUAUCCACAUUUGUGAAUCAGAAGCUGAAUAGUAUUAAUGUGAAAUACUGUUGAAUUAUAAAUUGGAGGAUGUGACAUUCUCACCUUGUAAAAUUAGCUUUUCUCGUUUAAAGUUUGGGAGAAGAUUUUGUAGCUCGGGUGCUCAUUGUUGUGGUUCUGUUCGCCGAGCUGGGAAUUUGUGUUGCAGACGUUUCAUCCCCUGUCUGGGUGACAUCUUGUUUAAAGAUGGAAAUAUGGAAAACAAAUGGUCAUUAAUAGCUGGAAAGUAAAUGCUGAAAGUUUUGUCCCCUUAGCCUUCCUUUCCCUUGCAAUCCUUUGUUUACUAAUUUGCAAUUUGUUAGAAGAUAGGGAAUAAAAUGAGAUUGACCGUAUCCUAAAUAAAUAGGAUUUUUGCUGUUACCAUCUGAUAUUCUUUACUAACCUUUUUCAUUUUUAUGUUUUGGUCCUUUAUGGCAGUCCUAAUUGCUUUGUUGUUCAUGUACAUCUGCAUUUUUAUAUUUGUGAAUCUGCCAUUGCUUACUCCUUAUUUUAUGCACAGGAAUCAUGGGAAGGUUUGAGUCCACAGAGCAUGGAUAUUUCUGUGUACUGCCAAAUUUCUCGAAUAAAGCCGAUGUCUAUUAA